GCAGCAGCACAGCAAGGAAAAAAGGGUGUAGUAAGUGGAAGCAGCAGCAAAUCCGAGUUUUUCUCCCGUGUGUGUUCCGGUGAAAAUCGCAUUUCCAGGCCUGAAUUUCCCGUCCAGUGGAUACGAAACCAGUGCUACCAUACUGUAUUUAGCUGCCCGGCUGCCGUUGCGAAAAAUCUCCAUCUAAACAUUCAGAAUGGCUACUCCUGCGGGAUCUGCAGAUGGUUUUCCUAAAUUACCACCCCCACCGACCGGUAGCACCCAGCCAACGGGAAGCAACGCCAAUGCCAACGGUGUGGCCGCCAAUCGGCUCAAGCAGACCCAGGCCCAGGUGGACGAAGUGGUCGGCAUCAUGCGCGUGAACGUCGAGAAGGUGCUGGAACGGGAUCAAAAACUGUCCGAACUGGAUCAGCGGGCGGAUGCACUGCAGCACGGGGCAUCACAGUUCGAGCAGCAGGCCGGCAAGCUGAAGCGGAAGCAGUGGUGGGCCAACAUGAAGAUGAUGAUCAUCAUGGGCAUCAUCGGGGUUGUCCUGCUAAUUAUCAUCAUCCUUUCCAUCAUUUAUUAGACCAUUUCCCCUCCACGUAGCAGCACCGUUUCUCUUCCCUAAGAAGAAGAAAGAUUAAAAAAAAAACAAGUUUUGAAUCACGCACAAAAAAAAAACGAAGUGAACGGAAAAAACGCGCGAUCCAUUUUUUGUUUGUUAGCCCAACAUUGACGACCCGAAAUCCGUCGUCAACCCAUUGUAGGUGACCAUUUCUUCUACCUAGAAGGAAGGAUCUUUGAAGUAAGAAAAGAUUAUUGCAGAAUCAUAUUUAGCAGCAUCCAGACAUCCUGGAAAAAAAAAUUCUAUAAUAGGUUCCGCCUCUUCAGGGAUCCUUUUAUGUUGUUGUUGAUAAAAUAGCCCUUCCAGAAAAAUGGGCAAUCCUCCACCAAGCACAAAAAGAUAAUUCAUCGCUCACCGUUUUCCUUUCUAAUGCGUUUCACUGGAAUUCAGUAGCAAUAAAAGAAAAACAAGGUCUCGAAUAUUCAAGCAGAUAACCUAAAACAGGAUGAUGAGAAUUUUGAAGGGCUUUUCUUUGCUUCAUACUUUGCACAUUCGUCAUCGGUUUUUGACUUGAAAUCGGAAAACAUCCGAAUCCCACAGAAAGGGUUAGCAAUAAUCACAUUUUAAUCCGAUCUAUAUUAACAGUUAAAAUUACAACAUGUUAGCAGGACGAUACGUCUAUUAUUUUCCCCAGAAUGAUAGAAAGUUACUUAGCGAGAGAGAGAUAAUGGUAUAUGCUAUAUGUAGACGUUUAUGUAAUUGUUAUCUACCUACGGAAUUAAUAUUAAACAAACAAACUUUAAAUAUAUUAAAGGCUACUUAUUCUAGACGAUCAUUUCAAAAAGUCCUAUCUGCUUUGAUCGAUUCUCUUCAUCGACUUCAUCCUUCAUUAAUAACUCAGUUGCAAAAACAUUCCCUGUCGUGUUUGACAUUCUUUCAACAAACUGUGUGGCAAAAAUAGCUCGAAAUCUGUUUGCAGACCCGUGGUUUUCAAAAGAAAAGGUCGAUGGAGAGAAUCGACUGAAGCAGAUAGGACCUUUUAAAGAACUCAUCUAGAAUUGUACGAUGUAAAGGUAAAAAAGGAAACUGCUUUUGUCUGUUAAUUUCUGUUCAUUUGUGAAAAAUGUCCUGCG